UAUGUAAAUGGGUAAGAUUUGCAAAACAACCUAAUUCAACAAGAAGUCUAUUCUAGUCUACGUCAUUCGUGUAUCUCAAUGUGGAAUUUAAUUUUGAAAUUUAUAAUAGUAAUUCUAACAUGUUACACGAGCUAUGGCAGUUUUCAAUAUACGUGCUCAAUGAACUUUAGAAGGAACCAACGAUUGUUUUGAAAUCCUAAAGUGCAAAAUAACCUUUUAAUUUCAAUAACAAAACUAUGCUACUUAUUUAAAUUUCACAAUCUUGUGCAAACCUGUGCCAACAAGGUCGUAUAAUAAGACAUUUAACUUACGACUGUUUAUUGCUUAAAUCAAGAACUGUAUGGCGAUAUAUUUAUAGUUUUUAAAUAAGCAUUAAUUUUUAAUCAUGGCGGUCUGCUGGUCAUUUAAACUAACAAUGUUUUGUUUUUCCGUGUCUACCUCUCAGCCUAGGCUCAUUUCAAGUACUUGAGGUGCUCAAGGCACGGAGUUAGCGGUUCCCAGAGAGCCAUAGAAGUUGCACAAUACAGUUGCAGUUAACUUUAGUUCAUUAGUAUGUAUCGUGAGCAGACACGGGAUUGUGGCUUGGCCGCAUUGUAAGAUAAGUCUGGCACAAGUUUGGCUAUACCGCCGGGACUAAGGCAUCAUCCUCAGGGCAGCUAGUUCGAUCUGGAUCCUCUACAUAUCGCAUAAUUUAUGUACCAAUUUCCGUGAGUAAUAUUCAUAUUUCGUAAUUUUACGUGUGUAUAUACAAACACUAUCAUAGAUGUGAAGAUAAAACUUCCUAAUAAAAAUAAUUAGAGAAAGAAAAACAGGAAUUAGCUUUCCUGGGGUCAAAUCAAAAUCUGCAGAAAAUGAAUUAUUAUUUUGAUAACUGGGCACAAAGUUGGUUUCUUUUUAGUAAAAAAUUAGUGCGUUUGCUCGAGUGAUUUACAAAAACAUAUAGAACAAAACCUGAAACUAAAUAACUGCACAGGAAACGGACUCGAAGGCAACGAUGACGAAUUUGACUAACCUAACCUACCCAUAAUAGAAGCCCACUUCGUAUUGAACGCGCUUACUAAGCUAUCGUGCUCUGCGACAAACAACACGAACACUGAUAUCAAAAGCCAACUACUAACAAUUAAAGGAUCACAAAUAACUGGUCAACACAGGAUUUUCAAGAUUUUUUAUAGUUUUAGUUACCUUAUCUCAAAUAUUACACAAAGUUCUAUCAUUAUUACAAUAAGAACUAAUUUUGAGAUAAACUGUCUUUUGAAACAAUUAAGAAUAGUAUGACAGCAGUGUUACGUGAUAACGUAACGUCAGUUUGCUGAAAUAUCAACAUUCCAUUGCUCUGAUCACAAUAUUUAUAAACAAAUCUUUCAAUAAUAUAAAUCAGAUGAUGUUAAAUCUCAUUCAUUAUUAAACCUUAAGUCGAAACGUACGUAACAAGACAAUACAUUAUUUUCCUCAAAUUAUAAUAUAUGAAAUCAAUUUGUGAACAUGAGUGGACAGGGAAGAGCAGCGCCCAAGUUAUAAAAUAUAAACUGCUAGUUAAAAGUAGUGUGUGAAAUAGAAGCAAGAAAAAGAUACUAAGCGAAUAAAACCAUAAGGGCGAUUUUAAUAAAUAACUAUAAUACUCGUUUGUGCAAUUUAUUAUUAAUGAACUAAAGAAUACUUUAGGAAUUAAUAAAAUACUUUGAAAAUCAAAUUCAUAGAAGUGAAAGAGUAACCAGCAACAAACUCACAUAAGAAAAAAAUAUGAUUAUAGUAUCUAUAGUAAUAAUUCUGCUACUGUAUGCAACAUCUACCAACCAAAAUCCUCUAGCUGUUAAACACGAUUUUGACCGCACACUAAUAGACAAUUUACAUUUGGAUACAAUUACAACGGAAGGCAAAACCAACCAUGAACAUAAAAGAUCGAACGAAGAAUUCCAUGAAUUCGCAGCAUACAAUAAAUUUAGUAAACCAAGCGAAAACUUUGCCUUGUACGACGAACUCUGGAAAAGCAAUCCCCAGAAGAAUAAAGAACCUCAAUCGUAUUUAUACAACUGCGGUGAUUAUGAUAAAACGGAUAUUUCAUGCUACAACGAUUUAGAAAACGAUGGUCUCAAAGAUGCAGAUGGUGAUGAAAUGACAUUUCCUGAAAAGAAUAUUUUCUUCAUAGAAGCUUCUUGUCAAAUGGGUCUCACUUUUCACCAGGUAUGCUCUAUAGAAUCAGCAGCUAAAGCAAACCCUGGAUGGCAAGUGUCAGUGCUGUUUGCUGGGCGAAUUCCCAAACAGUGCCAAAGUACUGUCAACUUCACGACACUCGAUACAUAUGGUAAUAUCCAUCUUUAUAGGAUACAUGUGAAGAAAUUCGCCGAUGGAACACCGUUCCAAGACUUUUUUAACAGUAACGCUUUAGAUAACAGCUUGCAUCCAGUAUAUCACUCUGCCGAGAUUUUAAAAUACUUGACACUUUAUAAAUGGGGAGGUGUGUAUUUGGACACCAAUAUGAUGGUAUCCAAACCAUUCGACAAUUUACCUCUUAACUGGAUUGCUAGAGAGAACGACGAUGACCUCGGAACAGCUGCUAUGGCUCUAACUAAAGAUAAUAUUGGCGGGCUUAUUUCUAAAGCAGUAGUUGAGUAUGUUUGAUUUUAUUCAAUAUUUCUUUAUUUUUGCUGUCUUGUCAACCAUUUGUGCAACCAAAAAUAAUAAUUUUGGUGCUGUUAUUAUUGCAGAAUUUUAGCAAAGACAUUUUGUGUCUCCAAAUA